CCGCCUUUCUACAUUCGCCGCAGCAGACAUCUUGGAUAUUCCCUUUCACCAAACGUCAAAGCGAGUAUUGUGUUUUUAUUGUUUCGUACACCGCACAUCGUUCAAAUGUCAAAAUUCGUUUGUUUGAAUCAAUCCAUUUGAUUUGGAAGUAUUCGAUGUCCGUGUUGUCGAUGUAAAGUUAUGUUUAUUUUUUGUUUAAUUUGAUAGUGUAAACGGAUUGUUAUCGAAAAUAAUUCGAGGAAAAAGAACGACAAUAAAAAUGUGCGACGACGAUGAAAUGACGGAUUUGAGUCAAGCAAAUACUGAAGGUCCUGACUCGCAAUUGAGCACCGAUCCAUCGAUUGGUUCAAGUGGUCAAAUCGAAACAAAAUCUGAACCAUUCGGACGAAUAACCAUUUCCAAGAUCAUGAGAAGACGGUAUGGCACGACGAGACAAGUUGUACGAAACAAAGCUUCGGAGCAAAUAUUUAUUUUGGAUUUGGUGAAAGAAAGAACAACGUUUGGACGAAAAGGCGAUUGUAGCGUUUCGGAUUACAUUCACGAAAGCAAAAUAAACGAAAUUUCCGGCAUUCACUUUUCCAUCGUAAAAACGGAUGUGAACAAUGCGUUGUGCCCAAUUUUUAUUGAGGAUUCCUCGAUGAAUGGAACAUAUGUACGGCAGAAAAUUAGCGAUACGAAUGAAAGGACUGUCGAGCGAAUUGAUGAAAAGAUCAAACGACGAAUUCUUGCGCACAAUGAUCAAAUAUUAAUCGAAAGAUGCCCGACGAUCUGUUUCGAAUUCCAAUCGUUUCAAUUGGUACCAAAUGAUCUGCCGGCAGACAUAAAUGCUGAUUAUCACAUUGGCAAGGAGCUGGGCAGGGGAGCAUGUGGUGUGGUGAAUUUUGUUCAAAAUCGACGAACGUGCAAAUUCUAUGCACUGAAAAUCACACGCAACGAAAAUGAAAAGAGCAUCAGCACAAUGAUGAGAGAGGUAGACAUACUGAAGAAACUGAAUCACCCGUGCAUUUUGCAUUUGCAUAAAGUUAAAUCGUACACCGAUUCCGUGGCAAUUCUCAUCGAUUACAUGGAGGGAGGCGAUCUGUUCACUCGAAUCAGAGGCUGUGGUCACUUUUCGGAAAACUUCAGCAAAUUUAUAUUCUAUCAAAUUUGCUGUGGUGUUGCACACUUGCACGAACAAAAAGUGACUCAUCGUGAUCUCAAACCGGAGAAUAUUUUACUGUCCACCGCCGACAAAUAUACUCUGGUCAAAGUGGCUGAUUUUGGCCUCAGUAAGUGCACCACUUUCGACUCCGUGCUCAAAACGCAGUGUGGCACUGUACACUAUUUGGCGCCGGAAGUGCGACAAGGCACACAGUAUACGAACAAAGUCGAUAUCUGGAGCAUCGGCGUCAUUUUGUACAACUGCCUCACUGGUCUCCACCCGAGUGUUAAAGACUCUCGUGGAAACCAUCUUAUUAAUCGAACGGAAAGCGUUUGGAACGACGUGACAGAAGAUGCUCAGAACAUCAUUCGCGAAACAUUGCAAGUCAAAGCCACCGAACGGCCAUCGGCAAAGACACUGCUUGAGAAAAGAAACUGGCUAUCAAAAGAGAACCCAAUCGUUCGACAAGCCAUUCAAACCAUUGAAAACCCCACCAAUAAAUGAUUUGUUCAGUUUAUCAUUUAGAUUAUAAAUAAAAGCGUUGAUUUUUUUUCUAUAUUUAACAAAA